AUGGAUAUGAUGCAACAUGCUAGGAUGCGUAAGAGUCAACCUGGUCUUCAAAGAUCCCGAGCUUACCACGUUUACUUUGGUCAUACGAGAACAAAGGCUCACAAGCUCGAGGAGCAAGAGAUGGAUAUAAAUCUCCAAGAAUAUUGUGUACCGCUCUUGGCAAACGCUGCAAGAGCCAUCCAUGCUUAUAUUUCAAAGAGCCAGCAUGCUGCCAGUGACAACUACAGAUACCUCUCCAAUUUGUUGGUCCAAAUGUAUGGAAGGUGUGGAAGUGUCGAAAGCGCCAGAGGCGUCUUUAACGAGAUCGUCAACAAGAAUUCAUACUCCUGGGUGCUGAUGAUCUCCGCACUUGCCGCAAAUGGGCAUUUUGAAGAGACCAAAAGGUCUCUCAAUGCAAUGCCUCAACAAAACCUUUUUGCAUGGAACACUAUUCUAGUCGCUUAUGCGCAAAGCGAUCAUUUGGAAGAGGCUGAAUCUGUGUUUUUUGAGAUGCCCCUGCAGAACAUUAUUUCAUGGACUGCCAUGCUCGAAGCAUAUGCCGGAUCUGGGCAUUUUCUCAAUGCAAGAAACCUCUUUCACUCCAUGCCCGAAAGAGAUCUCGUUUCAUUGACUGUUAUUAUAAGUUUACUCGCUCCGGAGUGGAACUUGGUCUCUUGGAAUGCACUGCUCACGGCAUAUAUCCACAAGAAGAGACUCGAAGACGCAAAGUGUUUCUUCGAUAGCAGCCCGGAGAAGAACAUGGUAACUUGGACAGCCAUGCUGGUGGCUUAUUCGGAGAACGACCACCUGGAGCUCGCCAAGAACAUCUUCGACGGGAUGCCCGAGAGGAGCACCGUGUCUUGGACAGCGAUGGUGUCCGCCUAUGCCCAGGCCUGGUAUAUGGACGACGCAAAGUUCCUGUUUGUGGAGAUGCCGGAGCACAACUCCGUGUCCUGGAACGUGCUGCUCACGUCUUUUGCUCGCAACGGGCUGCUGGGAGAGUGCCGGAGAGUUUUCGAUUCGUCUCCACAGCACUGGCAGGACACGGCGCUGUGGAACGCGAUGAUGACGACGUAUGCCCAAAACGGGCACUCGGAGGAGUGCAUGGGGCUCUUCAAGGUCAUGGAAGUUGAGGGCGUGAGGCCCAACGAGACCUCUUUCACUUGCGCGUUGCUUGGCUGCAGCCAUCUUGGAGAUUUAGAAUCUGGCUUGGAGUUUUUUGUGUCCAUGACUGGUGACCAUGAUCUAAGACCGAACAAGCACCACUUUAGCUGUAUGAUCGACAUACUCGCCCGAUCUGGGCAUCUGGAAAACGCUCGAGAGCUUGCCUGGAGUAUGCCGUUUGUCCCUGAGGCUAUGGACUGGAACUGCUUGCUUCUGGCCUCGAAGAGUCACAGUGAUAUGAAAACCGGGAGCAAAGCAGCUAGACACGCUCUCGAGGCUGGUUCCAAGAGCUCGACUCCAUAUGUGAUGCUAUCGACAACAAUGCGAAUGAGAAGAUGA